CACUUGUUUUUCGAUUUUCAGUCAGAUCUAACGUGUGUGUGUCGCAACGAAAAAUAUUCCAAUAAAUCAGUUAAAAAAGAUAUUUCAAUAAAAGAAAAACAUGGCUUCAAUAUUAAGAACCGGCAAAUUUCUACGUUACUUUGCUGGUUUCACUCGCAAUGUUGUGGUAAAUAGUGUUCGCGAUACAGAAAGUGGUACUCUCUUACAGAACACCUCAUGCAUGUGCACACAAUUUCAAAAUGGCUUUGCCAGUGGUUCUGCUGCUCCCAAAGCUGAUUUGUCUUUGGAUAAACAAUUGAAACGUUUGGAUAAAGAUGUUCGCCGCAUUGGACGCAUUUCCCGACGUGAUAUUGAGGAUGUCUUGGAGGAGAUACGUGUUACACGCUCCGCUACUAGCUCUCAAUCUCUACUGGUCAUUAGAUGUUGUGGCAAUUUAGUGCCCGAGGAAAUGCCUGAGGUGCGCACUGCUUUGGUACAAGAAAUCUGGAAAACUUUAAAUGCCCUUAACGUACCCAUGGACAUUUCCCAUUACAAUGCCUUAUUGCGUGUCUAUUUGGAGAAUGAACAUCAAUUCUCGCCCACUGAUUUUCUAGCUGAAAUCGAAUCAAAGUCAAUUGAACCAAAUCGUGUCACUUAUCAGCGUUUGAUAGCUCGCUACUGCCAACAGGGUGAUAUUGAUGGGGCCACCAGAAUUUUGGAAUAUAUGAGAGGCAAAAAUUUGGCCGUCAAUGAGGCCGUUUUUAAUUCGUUGAUUUUGGGACAUUCACAGGCCAAUGAUAUGGAGUCGGCUAAAGGUAUUUUAGGUGUUAUGAAACAAGCUGGCUUGGAGCCUAGUGCCGACACCUACACCACUCUGCUCUGCUGUUUCGGUCGUCAUGGUGAUAUUGAAAGCAUUAAUACCACCUUGGCCGAAUGUGAGAAAAAGGAGAUCCUUUUAUUAGAUAAAGAUCUCUUAGAUGUCAUUUAUCAUUUAACCGUCAAUGGUCAUGGUGAUAAGAUUGAUAGUUUACUCACCAAAUUCCAUAUGUCAACGGGAUUCAAUCAAGAUUGUGUCAAUGCCAUUUUGAGAUUGACCAAUAAAGGAUUCGAAGAUGUUUGCUUGAAAUUAUUGCGCAUUAUGCCCAGAGGCAAUCGGCCAGAUGGUCAAUCUGUGGAUGUGGGUAUAUUCUUUAUUAGACAAUUGGUUAAGGCCAAUAGACCAGUGGAAAAGAUCUUGUCCAUUUGCAAGACAUUACAGGAUGAAGGUUUAAACUCCAAGGCUUUGUUGAUUGCCACCGAGGCUGGUUUAACUCAUGGUUUGGUCAACAGCACUUUGCCUUUGUUAAAUGAAAUGAAGAAUGCCGGUUUACCCAUUAGACAACAUUAUUUCUGGCCUUUAAUUUGCUCCGUAGAACAUAAUCAAAUUAUCGAUAUUCUACGUAAAAUGCAAGACGAAUUUAAUAUUUCACCCUCGGCUGAAACUAUCAGGGAGUAUGUUAUACCCAAUUUAAAAGAAAAGAACUGGGAUAAAAUCAUUACUCUUUUACGUGAUGCUGGAGUUUCAAAUGGCACAGCCGCUGCCGCCGCCAGUUACACUGCCUUAUCGAACAACCAAAUCAAAGAGGCUGCAAAUAUUAUGGAAAAUUAUAGCUCCAUUUAUAAUUAUCAAAUCUUCCGUCAGCCUUUGAUACAAGCCUUUGGCAAAUCACAAAAUUACGAUGCCUUUGUCCGUUGUCUUCGCCAAUUGUACGAGAGUGUACAGAAGAAGGCUGCUCAAGGUAACACUACGGCCACUACCGCUGAAAAGUCCGAACAAGUUAAUGAGGAGCCAGAAGCUGUUAGCGAAACUGAGGAAGUGGUUGCCAAAACUAAUAAGGGUUCUGUUGACAUCGUGGGUGAUAUGUUAGGUGAUGCAACCACCUUCUUCCGCACCGAACGCGUUAAAAUGUUGGAGAAAUUGUUACCCAAGUUAGUGCAGCAAGGCUUCACCAUUAGUAGUCAAAAUGCAGCUAAACUGUCGGAAAAAUUAGGUUCAGAAAUGACUCCAAAUAUUUCGGAAUUGUUGGGUAAACUUAGCUCGGGAGAAUUGGAAUUAACUACUUUGAAUAAUAAUGGCAAGAAAAGGGGUAUUGAUACAUUAACUGUGGAGGAACUUGAACGUUUUAUUGCCAAUGUUGAGGCCAAAGGUGAAAACUCCAACAAUCUUAAACGUCACUUGUUAAAUGCCUGCUUCCGUAGUAAGAAUUUGGAAAAAACUCUCCAAGUUAUGGAGCGUUUAGAAACGGAGAAAUAUGUUUUAGGUUCUGGAACAUUUGCCCAAUUGAUUGAUUUGUACACCAGCCAUGGUCGUGUCUCUGAUGCUCUAGCCACUUAUGAAAAAACUAAAGCUAAAGAUGCCGAAUUUCAUUUGGACAAUUUGAAAACUGUCGGCAUUGUUGAUCUCCUUAUUAAGGAGGAACGUUUCGAUGAUGCUUUACAGUUCUUGGACAAGAACAAGAAGACACAAGCCGUAGCGGAAAGUGAGAACAAUUACAAUUAUGCUUCGAAAAUAUGGCGUAUUUUGAAUUCUUUGGCCGAAUCAGGUGAUGCUGAUAAAUUGCAAAAGAUAUUCAAUGCUUUCGUUCAAGGUAACUACGUUGUGCCCAAUAAUGUUUUGUUGGGUCCUUUGAUUAAGGUUCAUUUGGUUAAGGAUAACAUACCAAAAGCCAUUGAAGCCUUUGAAAAAGUUUGUGAAGAAUACAAAGCUACUCCCUGGAAAAAUGAAUUGGCUCGCCGUUUGAUAUUGACAGAAGAUGCAGCUAAUUUACAAAAGGUUACCGAUCUCAGUACCAACAUUCACGGUGAAAUUAACAGUUUGUACGAUUUGGUAUUCUCCUUUGUUGAAUGUGGACGCAUAAGACAAGCACGCAAGAUUUUAGAAACUCCCGGCUUACGUACACGUCCUCAUCGCAUUGACAAUGCAUGUGAACGUUAUAAGAACGAGGGUAUGGUGGAACCUCUAGAAGGCUUGAUUGAAGCCACCCGCGAUUUAAGUCACAUUGAUCGCAAUAAGAUUUACUAUAGUCUAUUGUUAAGCUACAGCAAGUCAGAGGAUGCUGAAAAAGCUUUGGGAUUGUGGACUAAAAUGCAAGAGGAAAGUAUAACACCCAACGAUGCUUUCCUCAUUAAAUUGGCUGAACUAUUAGAAUCCAAAAAUAUGACGGUGCCAUUUGUAGUGCCCCAAACUGAAAAGCAAAAGGCUAGAAAAACCAAAAUUGAAGCUGUAGCCAAAGCGGCAGAGAAUUCGGUCAAAAAACCAGCUGCUGCUGCGGCUCAACCCAAGCCUGUUUCCAAUUUAUCUCUAUUCCGUAAAGCAUUAAACACCAGUGAUUUAGAGGCAGCUCUUAACUAUAAGAACCAAUUGAAACCUUCCGAACAAGCCUCCAUUAUGGAUAUAUCGCAUUUGAUUGAACAAUUGGUGAGAGCUGAUAGACUCAGCGAAGCCACCAAAUAUGUUAAUGAACUUUUGGCCAACAAAGCGUAUCCCAUUCCCAAAAUCUUUAAAUUCUAUCUUAAUCGUGUAGCCAAUGCUGGUGAUUUGGAGACUUUAAAAACAUUAGGUGAUCAAUUGAAUGAUGACCAAAAACGUAUUGUCAGCUUUGAUAACCGCUAUUGUCAUGCCAACAUAGUUGCCGGCAAGGUAGAACAAUAUUUUAAGCAGCUAAAUGAGGAUAUUAACGCGGCCAAGACCCCCGAGGAAGUAACCAAAUUGGCCGAGAAAUUCCCCCGUGGAGGAGCUUUAGGCAUUUUAGACAAACAUCCUGAAUUGGUGGGACAAUUUGAAAAAUUAGCUGAAGCUUAUGCCAAACACAAUCAAUUGGGACCCAUGAAUGUUUUAUGGAUUCAUCACAUUUCUUCAGGCAACGAAGCAGCCUCCAAACAAAUUUGGGAAAAACAUCUUUCCAGUGCUCCUCGUCUAAUGUUCCAACGUGUUUUGCAAACAGCACGCGAACAGAACGAUGACAAAUUGGCCCAAAGCGUCAUUAGCCAAUUGAGAGAAUCAAAAAUUUCCGAGGGAGCCAUUGGCAAUGCCUACUCCUGUCUAAUUGACAUACAAACUGGGAAGGGUAAUGCUGACAAGGCUCUGGAAACUCUUAAAACCGCUAUUAAGGAUGUUUGCUUAGAACACAUUAAUCGCACUGCUUUGCAGCGUCUUAAGUCCGUAUUGGAAGCUGAAAAGAAGGAAUUCCCCUAUACAAUACCCGAAAAGAAGCCUACAGCUGCUGGUAAAUCUGUAUCUUCAUCCUCUUCCAGCCAGAGUAGUGAUGAUGAUGUAACACCCAAACGACCAGAAACUAAACCUACGAAGCCUACGAAAAAAGACGAAUAAGUUUAGUUUGUUUUUUUUUAUUUGACUUAAGUUUUAUUAUUCAUUAAGGUUUCGUUUGCUUGUUUUUUAGUUUCAAAGAAAAAUUUAAAAC